GUUUUUUUUUCAAUGUGGGUCCAGAAAACAGGAAGCCCUAAUUAUUUUCCACGGAAAAAAGGCACUGAACUCGAUUUUCUUCUUGACUUUGUUCUCCAUCCACCAUCGUGUCCUGGACUUUUGCUCUUCAACCCACGAGCAACUACUAACCCCAACUAUUCAAGAUGCCUCCCAAGUCCGGCAAGAAGGUCGCUCCCGCCCCUUUCCCUCAGGGUAAGGCUGGCAAGAAGGCCGCCAAGAACCCUCUUCUCGAGAAGCGACCCCGCAACUUCGGCAUUGGCCAGGACAUCCAGCCCAAGCGAAAUGUCUCUCGCAUGGUCAAGUGGCCCGAGUAUGUUCGCCUCCAGCGACAGAAGAAGAUCCUUCAGAUGCGCCUCAAGGUUCCCCCGGCUCUCGCUCAGUUCCAGCACGUCCUCGACCGCAACACUGCUGCCCAGGCCUUCAAGCUCCUCAACAAGUACCGACCUGAGACCAAGGCCGAGAAGAAGGAGCGUCUCCUCCAGGAGGCUACCGCCGUCAAGGAGGGUAAGAAGAAGGAGGAUGUUUCCAAGAAGCCCUACACUGUCAAGUACGGUCUCAACCACGUUGUUGGCCUGAUUGAGAACAAGAAGGCCUCUCUCGUCCUCAUCCCUAACGAUGUCGAGCCCAUUGAGCUCGUCGUCUUCCUUCCUUCUCUUUGCAAGAAGAUGGGUAUCCCUUACGCCAUUGUCAAGGGCAAGGCCCGUCUCGGAACGGUCGUCCACAAGAAGACCGCCGCUGUCCUCGCCGUCACCGAGGUCCGCUCCGAGGACAAGAACGAGCUCUCCAAGCUCAUCUCCGCUGUCAAGGACGGUUACCUUGAGAAGCACGACCAGGCCCGCCGACAAUGGGGUGGUGGUAUCAUGGGCCCCAAGGCUCAGAUGAAGAUCAUCAAGAAGCAGAAGGCUCUUGAGGCUGCUACCAAGAUCUAAGCCUAUUUGUUUAUACCCUUCACAAUGCAUUGCGAUUUUGGGAUCAAACGGUGUUGCACGGUUCAGGGCAUGGAAAAUGAAUGAUUUUUCUCGGGUUACGUUUCGUCCCAUCCCACUUCGCAGUGACCAGUGAGGCCGGUCUUAUGACCAUCCUAAAAAUAGAUGAUGAGCUUGCUUCUUGGA